AUGCUGAAGACAACUGGGAUAACAACGGGGGUUUUGAGUGCGAUUAAGAAUAAUAUAGCGGAUCCAGAAGAACUGUUCACAAAAUUAGAGCGCAUUGGAAAAGGCUCCUUUGGAGAAGUUUUCAAAGGAAUCGACAACCGUACCCAGCAAGUGGUUGCAAUUAAAAUCAUUGACCUUGAGGAAGCCGAAGAUGAAAUAGAAGACAUUCAACAAGAAAUAACUGUUCUGAGUAAGUGCGACAGCUCAUAUGUAACGAAAUACUAUGGGUCCUAUUUAAAGGGCUCAAAACUAUGGAUAAUAAUGGAAUACCUAGGUGGAGGUUCAGCUUUGGAUCUUCUGCGCGCUGGGCCAUUUGAUGAAUUCCAGAUUGCCACCAUGCUCAAGGAGAUUUUGAAAGGUCUGGACUAUCUGCAUUCUGAAAAGAAAAUUCACCCAGACAUUAAAGCCGCCAAUGUCUUACUUUCAGAACAAGGCGAUGUUAAACUUGCUGACUUCGGAGUUGCUGGCCAGCUGACAGAUACACAAAUUAAAAGAAACACCUUUGUGGGGACUCCAUUUUGGAUGGCUCCUGAAGUUAUUCAACAGUCAGCUUAUGACUCUAAAGCUGACAUUUGGUCAUUGGGAAUUACUGCUAUUGAACUUGCCAAGGGAGAGCCUCCGAAUUCUGACAUGCAUCCAAUGAGAGUUCUGUUUCUUAUUCCAAAAAACAACCCCCCAACUCUUGUUGGAGACUUUACUAAGUCUUUCAAGGAGUUUAUUGAUGCUUGCCUGAAUAAGGAUCCAUCGUUUCGCCCUACGGCUAAAGAACUUUUAAAACACAAGUUCAUUGUGAAAAAUUCCAAGAAGACUUCAUAUCUGACUGAACUAAUCGAUAGAUUUAAGAGAUGGAAGGCAGAAGGCCACAGUGAUGAUGAAUCCGACUCCGAUGGCUCUGACUCGGAAUCCACCAGCAGAGAAAGUAAUACUCACCCUGAAUGGAGUUUCACCACUGUGCGUAAGAAGCCUGAUCCAAAGAAACUACAGAAUGGGGAGGAGCAAGAUCUUGUGCAAACCUUGAGCUGUUUGUCUAUGAUAAUCACACCUGCAUUUGCUGAACUUAAACAGCAGGAUGAGAACAAUGCAAGCCGAAACCAGGCAAUUGAAGAACUUGAGAAAAGCAUCGCUGUGGCUGAAGCUGCCUGUCCUGGCAUCACAGAUAAAAUGGUGAAGAAAUUAAUUGAAAAAUUUCAAAAAUGUUCUGCCGAUGAGUCCUCUUAAAAAUGUGUUGUUGCUAUUGCUGGCUUCGGUUUCAUAUGGAGCUAGAGAAACCCACCAAAGCUAUGUCAACCUUAAUUAU